UUUUCAUUUUUCCCUCUCUUCAAAUUUUCACCACCGAACCGUCACGGUCACGUUGAUCUUUUAAAACUAGUUUUCUCUCUUUUAAUGGAAUCACAGGCUCGCCUUCUUUCUUCCCAGGCUCGCUCUCUCUCUCUCAACUCUCCCCCAAAUCUUCGUUCCAAAUCUUCGAAGGCCAUAAGACCAACCUCCAGACUCCUCAGUUUCCAAAACCCUGUUACACCCCUAAAAUAUCCACUCACACAUAAAAAAGAUAAGGCUGUUGCCGUUGCUCCUGAGGAAGAUGCCAACACUCCACCGCUUCAUGUGCGACGUUCAAGUAGGAGGAUCGCCUUUUUACAAGGUAGAGAGCAAACUCUGUAAAAAUGGAUUUGAUCAGGUUUUUGUUGGCCAUCGCAAGCAAGCCUGGAGCUAUUGAGAUGAAUGUGGAAAAUAGGACAUGGAAAGUGGAUUGGUUAGGUAUGGGUAACCAAGCGCUUGUUGAUUAUUUUAGCACUUAUGCGGCUGUGAAAGCGCGACACUCAUAUGGCCCUCAAGGUCAUCGAGGGAUGAGUGUUUUAAUAUUUGAAGCCUCAGCUAGCGGUUAUCUACAGGCAGAACGUCUGCACAAGCAUUUUGCAGAGGAAGGAACUGACAAAGAUACUUGGUUUGGCAAUUGCCGUAUUUUAUUUCUCCCUGGUUGCAAUCGACAGCUUUAUGGAUACCUGGCUACUAAAGAAGACCUGGAGUUUUUCAAUAGGCAUUGCCAAGGGUUGGAGAACAGGGUUGUAAAAGAAAAGAAACAUGCAAAACCCCUUAAAGAAUCUUUUGGUAUAGAAGUUGCGAAAGACAAUGGAUGAAAAUCACAUUGUAAGGUGG